GUUUCAAAAAUCAGGCUGAUGCGAUCAUCAGGUGGGGCACACAUCUGCAUAAAACAUUGAUCCAUCCGUCAAUUUUUCAUAACCAUCUGUUUGCUAUGUACAUAUGUGGAUGAUCACAUCCGUUGGAAAGAUGGUACUGUCAUUGCUGCUCCCCUCCCGCAUCUUCUCUGCUCCCCCCAUUUCUUCUUCUAGGGUUGGCGUUUCUCCGCGGCAUUUCUUCAAGCACAUGAGCGUUGUCUCGAGCGAGGCCGCAGCAACGGCGGCUGCGGACGGAAAUGACGCCUCAGGAGGAGAACCGAGUCCAGAGGACGUCCUUGUCCAGUACGUCGUCCUCCGCCGAGAUCUGAUCGAUUCGUGGCCCCUUGGCAGCGUCGUCACGCAAGGCUGCCACGCGUCUGUUGCGGCCAUCUGGUCGAGCAAGGACGACCCUCACACCGUUGAUUACUGCUGCGAUCGCAAUCUCGAUUCCAUGCACAAGGUCACCCUUGAGGUUAAGGGCGAACCCCAAAUCCGAAACUUGUCAGAAAAGCUUGGAGCGGGUGGUAUCAUCCAUAAGCUGUGGAUCGAACAACCAGAGAACAUCCCAACAUGUCUUGCGACAAAACCAUAUCCCAAGUCUGUAGUUUCCUCAUUCUUCAAGAAGCUGAAGCUCUGUAAGUGAUGAAUUCCCAUCCAUGCCACCCAUAUGCAUCAUCAUAGUUCGGUGUUGAAAUGUAGGGAGGCCUGAAAAUCAUGAAGACAUGGGUUUUAAGACUAAGAUUUUUGCAGUUCAUGUAAUAUAUGUCCCCACAUACCCUUUUAGAUCAAAACAGCAUCCCCUGGGCGAA